AUGUGCUUGAUUGCAGGAAAUCUUCAUCGAACCAGCAGUGUUCCUGAGUAUGUGUACAACCUACACUUGGUCGAAAAUGACUUUACCACUGGGCGUUCCCUGGGUACUAAAACGUAUGAUAUGUUACAGGCAGGCACAGCAGCUACGUACGAAAGCCGCUGGGGGCGAGGCCAGGCGCAGUACAGUUCACAGAAGUCGAUGGAAGAAAGGUCCUGGAGGCAGCCUUUGCGGAGGCUUGAGAUCUCACCGGACAGCAGUCCCGAGAGAGUUCACUACGCGCACAGUGACUUCCAUUACAACCAGAGAAGCCAAGCUGGGCAUACUCUGCCGCACCGAGAAAGCAGGCGAUCCACCCUGUUCGUGGCCCCGAGAUACGCUCGGUCCGAAAUUGUCGGCUUCAACCCCCAGAGCACUGUUAGUAGACAGCGCCAGAGAGAGCACAGCUACAGGUCUGCUAACAACAGUGUUCUCGACGCUGUGGUUGUCAGCCCUGCAGUGCUCACCUACCCCCGGCCGGGCACCAGCCACAGCAUGGGCAACCUCCUGGAGAAAGAGAACUACCUGACUGCGGGUUCUGUUGCUGGGCAAGUGAGGACCAUGGCGUCCUUGCAGUCUGCCACCCAGGAGAGGGCUCACAGGACCUCCUGGAACCACACCUCCUUCCACAGCACCCGCACCAUGCGGGAAGCCCGACCUGGUGCCGCUGUGGACCCCAGCGGGAGGAGAACGCACCUGACCGUUGGCCAGGUGGCCGCAGGAGCAAGUGGGAAUUUCCUCUCAGAGAGAAGCGCUUUCACCGACUCCCAGUUUGGGAAUGCCGACAUGGAGAUGACUCUGGAACGAGCAGUCAGUCUGCUGGAUGCGGAGCACACGCCCCUGCCGAGGAUUGCUGCUGCAGCCACUUUCAUACAGCGAGAAUGCUUCCAGAAAGCUGAGGCUCGGAAAAGGGUUAACCAGCUCCAUGGCAUACCCAAACUUCUGCAGCUGCUUAAAGUUCAGAAUGAAGAUGUGCAGCGGGCCGUGUGUGGGGCUUUGAGAAACUUGGUUUUUGAAGACAAUGACAACAAGUUAGAGGUGGCUGAACUAAAUGGCGUACCUCGGCUGCUCCAGGUGCUGAAGCAAACCAGAGACUUGGAGACUAAAAAGCAAAUAACAGGUUUGCUGUGGAAUUUGUCUUCCAGUGACAAACUCAAGAAUCUCAUAAUCACUGAAGCCUUACUUACCUUGACUGAAAGUAUCAUCAUCCCUUUCUCGGGGUGGCCAGAAGGAGAUUACCCCAAAGCAAAUGGCUUGCUCGAUUUUGAUAUCUUCUACAACGUCACAGGAUGCUUAAGAAACCUGAGUUCUGCUGGCCCUGAUGGAAGGAAAGUGAUGAGAAGGUGUGAUGGACUGAUUGACUCCUUGGUCCACUAUGUCAGAGGAACCAUUGCAGAUUACCAGCCAGAUGACAAAGCCACCGAGAACUGUGUAUGUGUUCUUCAUAACCUUUCCUAUCAACUGGAGGCAGAGCUCCCAGAGAAAUAUUCUCAGUGUAUCUACGUUCAAAACCGGAAUAUCCAGUCAGAUGACAACAAGAGUAUUGGGUGUUUUGGCAGUCGGAGCAGGAAAGUGAAAGAGCAGUUCCAGGACAUGCCCAUGCCAGAGGAAAAGAGCAACCCCAAGGGUGUGGAAUGGCUGUGGCACUCCAUUGUGAUAAGGAUGUAUUUGUCCUUAAUCGCCAAGAGUGUCCGAAACUACACACAAGAAGCCUCGUUGGGAGCUCUCCAGAAUCUCACAGCAGGAAAUGGACCAAUGCCGGCGUCCGUAGCUCAGACAGUCGUCCAGAAAGAAAAUGGCCUUCAGCACGCCCGAAAGAUGCUGCAUGUGGGUGACCCGAGUGUGAAGAAGACAGCGGUCUUCCUCCUGAGGAACUUGUCUCGGAAUCUGCCUCUGCAGAAUGAAAUUGCCAAAGAAACUCUACCUGACUUGGUUUCCAUAAUUCCUGACACGGUUCCAAGUACUGACCUCCUGACUGAGACCACAGCCUCUGCCUGUUACACGUUGAACAAUAUCAUCCAAAACAGUUACCAGAACGCGCGGGACCUUUUCAACACCGGCGGCCUCCAGAAAAUCAUGACCAUCAGCGCCGGCGACGCCUAUUGCCCCAGCAAAGCAAGUAAAGCUGCUUCUGUCCUGCUGUAUUCCCUGUGGACUCACCCUGAACUCCAUAAUUCCUUCAAGAAGGCUCAGUUUAAGAAGACAGAUUUUGUCAACAGCCGGACUGCCAAAGCCUACCACUCCCUUAAAGACGGAGGAACAUGAAAAAGUGCUCUCAGAAAUAACCGCCUCUCUGUUCUUGGCUACAAACAAAAACAAAGGAAAACACCUAUUUUUCUACUCCCCAGCCCAAGAAGCCUAAAAAAAAGCAUGCCUUGUUUCUGUCCUUCUCUAUCUCCAUGGUCCCCAAUCUUGCUUUCAAACUCCCUUUGGUCGGCUUCCAGGGGACACUGGCGUGCUCACCACCAGCAACACUGGAAACUGUUCUCCUUGGCCCUCUUCAAACAGCCAUCUUUGCUUUCGGGUGGAUGGUGCACACACGACUCCUCUGGAAUCAAACUGUGAAUUCACGUGGACGGGACGUUAAAGGAGUAAAUAAGGGCCGAGGCUGUUGUGUUGCUAGGAUGUUAGAAGUUUGAUUUGCAUUGAUAUCCCUCUUCUGGUUUCCAUGUUUCUCCAUCAUAUGCACAUUGCUUCAUCCCCGGGCCACGAGUGUCUUGUUCUGUAGUGGUACAGUGGUGGGAACAGCAAGAAAUGUUAUCCUGCAGAAACUGCAGUGGCGAGCCUUCUGUUUGUUUCCUUUGUGUCUGUUCUUAUCUUCUUGGAUUUCUUCUAAAUCUGGUUUUAAAUGAACUUGAGAAAUGUAGGUUACAGAGAUGCGUGUUUGUAAGAAAAAAGGAGGUAAGGCAGUGAUCCUAACAAAGGUGACAGUCUUUCCCACACACGAGGCAACUGUGGCCUUGAAGGCGCUUGUUCCCCUGCAGACUCACUAAAUGAACUUUGUCCUUGUGGAAAUACUUUACACUGAACAGUUAUCAUGAAAUACAAUCCUCUUCUGAACUGCGGCAUUCAAUGUACACUAUUUUCUGGGCUUUUUCAGCCACUACAAUGCUAACUCUCCUUUUUCAUUUUUAAACACAGGGAUCUAAGGUAUUUUUCCUGACUCUUGGGCUAGCCUAGCCCCACAAUCUCAGCUUAUUUUAAUGAGUUAUGUCAUGAACCAGCCCAGUUUGCCCAACAUUUAAAAAUAGCACAGAGCUAUGAAAUCUCCUGUGAUCACCCUCAGGUCCUUAUUGGAAGUCAAAGACACGCUUCAAAAGGGAAACUAGUCUUGUUGUGGAAGAAUGUGCCCAGGCUAUCCAGAAAUGAGAUGGCAUUUUUUUCUGGUGCUUGGGUGCCAUCAUCUACUGAAGCAAAGUAACGCUGUUACUUUAAGUGAACUGUCAUCGAACAUAUUCAAGAGCCGGCUGCAGCCAGCUUUUCACCUUUGGCGGGUGCCCUCUUACUACCUUCCUGUCACUCUUAUUUAGUGGGAAAUAGUUCAGGUUUCUCCCGUACACGACUUCUGGCUUCUGCAGGACUUAUGGCAAUUUGCCUUUUUUUAAAAACCUGGAGAAGAUGUUUGUGCUUAGAAAGUAUGUAUGGAAAAAUACUUCAACUCCAGAAAGAAGUCAGAUAGAAAGAUAGGUCUCCAUUUCCAACUUGAAUGUGGGAUUAAGUCUUUAUUAUAUUUGAAACUUUUAAAUCUCUCAACUUUAAAAGCUCGAUGAAGAAGAUUUAGGUAACUAACCUGAGUCACCCUAAACUGUACUGUGUCUUAGAUCCCAAUUUUUUAAAUGUUGGAGUACUUUAUUCCUCCAGAUAAUGGAUGUGUAUGCUGAUGAUAUAUCUAUGGGUUUUUAAGGGAUUUAUAGAGCCUUUGAUAAUAUUAAACAUGAAAUUAGGCGACAGUAAUCAUGACUGCAUUGGUAUCUAUGUAGACCUGAUGUGUAGGGGUGGCUUAUGCGGGUAUAAUUGACACGGCACUUGAGCUCACCUUGUAAACUGCGACUUUAAUUGCUGUAGGUUUCAUACUUUGUGAUUACUGAUGUUUCUUCCUUAAAGCCCUAUAUUUAUCACCAAGAAACAUUUCCUGUAAGAAAAAUGGAAUGAGAGAGGGACUGAAACAUAUGAAAAUGAAGAAACAUUCAAAUCUAUUAGCUAUGAUUCAUUAAAAAAGAAAAAUUCACUGCCAUCAAGUUGAUUGCAGCUGUGACCAUGGGAAAAAAAAUAGACGAUGUUUGAACCUG